GGGGCUUAUUGACUUAAUACGUCAUUGGAGGCAGGCAGGUCAUGUUGUGUCGCGUCGAUUUUUCUUUCUUAAAAGGAAUAGCUAAAUGAAUACAAGACACGUAAGAAUGUUCCAUCAAAAGUGCCGGCAGGGUUUGUAUCCGUCCAGUAACGUAAAGAGAUUUACAGUACCGGAAGAAAAAAUACCAUGGACAGUUGAUUAUCCCGAUUACAAACCAGUCGCAUAUACCGCUACUGUUGUAAAAGGUAAACCUUGGGCUGAUCCAGAAAUCGACGAGCCCACCUUCGAACCAAAAUGGAACACAGUGGAUGGCAAAGUAAAUCGAAAGAGUUUUAUGGGAAGAGAUUACGUCGUGAACGCGGGUGGUCUUCCUUUGAAUCCCGUGGGACGAACUGGUAUCGUUGGACGAGGACUUCUCGGCCGAUGGGGACCGAAUCACGCCGCCGAUCCUAUUGUUACACGAUGGAAACAUGACAAUGUGGGAACUGUGGAAGUAGAUGAGCACACGAGGAAACCUAUAUUACAGUUUGUCGCGAUACAGAGACGGGAUUCUGGAGAGUGGGCUAUACCGGGGGGUAUGAUUGAUCCAAAUGAGAUGGUUUCCACCACUCUAAUGAGGGAAUUCAUGGAGGAGGCGUUAAACUUUUCUGAAAUGGAUGACACCGAAAGAAAAACCUUACAAAAUUCUAUAAAGGAAUUUUUCAUUAAAGGCGACGAGAUUUAUAAAGGAUAUGUGGACGAUCCACGAAAUACAGAUAAUGCUUGGAUGGAAACAGUGGCUAUUAAUUUUCAUGAUGAAAACAAUGAUGUCGUCGGGAAACUCGCGCUAAAAGCUGGAGACGACGCGAGUAAUGUAAGAUGGAUGGACAUAAAUCAACAUAUAAAUUUAUAUGCCAAUCAUAGCGAAUUUAUGAAAAAGACAGUGUUACAACGCAAUGCGCAUUGGUGAACGGUAGAUUAUAAUAAACAUUAUAAUAAAUCAUUUAGGAGUAGGAUAAUAUUUAUAAAACUAUAUAAUUAUAAAAAUUAUUUUUAUAUUAUGUACAAAUAUGUUCUGCACUAUGUACAUAAGCACAAAUCGCUAAACAUCAUUAGUCAUUUAUGCCAAAUUAUGGCAUAAAAAAUCUUAUUAAAUCUAAUAAACGUCUUUAAAGAUAAAAUGAGAUUUCUCAAUGUAAGAACCGACGAAAUCUAACGAAAAUAUGUAAUCAUAUGUUAUACUAAGACUUAUCUACAAUUCA